AUGGACCCCAACGUCACGAGGCUGCUCAAUGAUAAGAUAUACGACAAGAGGAAAGUUGGCGCCCUAGAACUUGAGCGGAGCAUUCGUGAACUAGUUGCUUCAAAGGACCAUGAAAGAAUCAAGGCAAUCCUUGACCAGCUUUGCUCUGAUUAUGCGUACGCGUGCCAUCUUCCCCAUGCUCGAAAUGGUGGCUUGAUAGGCCUUGCUGCCGCUGCAAUCGCCCUCGGCCCUGAGCUGCCACGAUAUCUGUCUACCAUAGUACCCCCUGUUUUAGCCUGCUUUGGCGACCAAGAUGCCAGAGUUCGCUACUAUGCCUGCGAGGCCCUGUACAACAUUGCAAAGGUUGCCAAGGGCGAGAUACUCAAGUACUUCAACGCCAUUUUUGACUCACUCUGCAAGCUCGGCGCCGAUUCGGAACUUUCUGUCAAGAAUGGCGCAGAAUUGCUUGAUCGUCUGAUCAAAGACAUUGUGGCAGAGUCGGCCGCGACUUACGUGUCAGUGUUGGAAUCGUCGCCGGAUGUAUCCCAGGAUUCCGAAGAGCCCAAGGAGGGUGUCGACGAUGAUCGUGGCAACCUGCCUACCGCCUUUUCGCUGAAGCGAUUUAUCCCGUUGCUUAGAGAACGCAUAUUUGUAACCAAUCCUUUCACCCGGACGUUUCUGGUUGGCUGGGUGGUUCUGCUCGACUCUAUCCCUGACCUCGAGCUCGUCACGUAUCUGCCUGAAUUCCUAGGGGGGUUACUCAAAUUCUUAAGCGACCCAAAUCGCGACGUCCACGUUGCCACGCAGGGAUGUCUGGACAGGUUCCUCAGCGAAAUCAAACGCAUAGCGAGGAUCCAGAAGGGUAUCACCGAGAGUAGAAAGUCCAAGCAAGGAAAGGGGGACGGGAAGCGGAAGCGCGAAGACUCGUUGGACAGCGGCAGCAUACGUGAUGGCCCCGACGACCUUGACGAAGUAGACUCUCAAACGGCAAACGACGAAGAAGCCUCCAACGCGAGCGAUGAGGAUGAUUGGAUACCUGGACAGGAUGUCGAGAUUAAUUACAAGGCGAUAUUGGAGAUUUUGACAGCCACCCUUGACUCGUCUCUGGACGAGGAUGGUCUUUUGGAGUCGUUGAGAUGGAUCGUGGAGUUCCUUGACAUCUGCCCGGAGCAGGUGCUCCCUUUCACGCCCAAGAUUCUGGCCCAUCUGCUGCCAGCCAUGGCCAGCGGGGUUGAAUCAAUCCGAUUGGCAGCCGCCAGGGUAAACACUUCGCUGAUGGACUAUGUGGUUUCACUCACCGAUGAGCCUGAGAUAAGCCAGGGCCCUGCAUCACGUAUCCCUGGCCCGGGAGGGGCCGAUCGCCAGGAUGGUACUGCGUCUAGUGCUCGUCCUUCCCUUUCGGGCUCGGCGCGAGAUUUGGAGAUUAGGAGCCCGACGCCAGGGCUCGCCAAGGGGGUAUCCACACCGGCGCGAUCCCUAACUCCCGCACCAUCUACCGAUGGGCUGGCACACCCUCAGGCAAACCUGGACUAUGCUGCAGCUGUAAACUCGCUUACGCUCCUGUUCCUGAAUGAUCACGAAGCCACACGUGUGGCUGCCUUGACGUGGCUUAUCAUGCUGCAUCGCAAGGCGCCCAGGAAAGUAUUGGCUUUCAACGAUGGCACCUUCCCGGCGCUGCUCAAGACGCUUUCGGACCAGUCCGAGGCCGUAGUGACCAAGGAUCUGCAGCUGCUCUCACAAAUCUCGCGGAACAGUGAGGAUGAUUACUUUUCCAAUUUCAUGGUCAACCUCCUGCAGCUCUUCUCGACAGACAGAAGGCUGCUCGAAACUCGUGGUAACCUCAUCAUUCGCCAACUCUGUGUGAGUCUGAGCGCCGAGCGGAUCUACAGAACGCUCGCAGACUGUAUUGAAAAGGAGGAAGAUGUCGAAUUUGCGAGCAUAAUGGUUCAGAACCUCAAUAACAACCUCAUCACAGCGCCAGAGUUGCAGGAACUACGCAAGCGUCUACGGAACCUCGAGACCAAGGACGGACAAACCUUUUUCGUAGCAUUGUUUCGAUCAUGGUGCUACAAUGCCGUGGCUACCUUUUCUCUAUGCUUACUCGCCCAGGCUUAUGAGCAGGCCUACAACCUAUUGCAGAUUUUCGCCGAGCUUGAGAUGACAGUAAGCAUACUCAUCCAGAUUGACAAGCUGGUACAGCUGCUGGAAUCGCCCGUCUUUACAUACCUCCGCCUGCAACUACUUGAGCCCGAAAAGUACCCGCACCUCUACAAGUGCCUUUUUGGGCUCCUGAUGCUCCUGCCUCAGUCAUCAGCAUUUGCAGCUCUGAAAAAUCGGCUCAACAGCGUGAGCUCCAUUGGUUAUCUGCACAUUGCACCCAGACCGUAUGUGCCCUCCACGACUAACUCAGGUUCGGUGCACUCUCGGCAAAACUCGGUCGUCGAGACGAUGCAGUCGUUCCAGCCUGCUGCCCCACGAAACUCUUCAAAGUAUGGAUUAGACACUUACACUCACCCUAAUGUAAUUAGCGGAACGACGACACCUGGUGGUACCAAUUAUGACAGGCCCAACCGCCUGAAGGGCCGAGAAGAAGGCAUCAUCCGCUGGGGUGAACUUUUAGAAAAGUUCCGCAGCGUGCAGGAGCGAGCAAGACGGCUGCAGCGCCCCGGGGGUCCCGGCGACCUCAACGACGGGCCGGGCCUCGGCGGCGUUGGCGACCUGAGGAUAUCCGAUGCCCCCUUGGAUACCAAGGGCAAGGAAGCCGCUCGGCAGCCACCCCCUGUUCCCUUGAAGGACGUGCCAAGUGCAGCGCAAGCGAAGCCUAGAUCCGGGUUGGGACGCCCGGUUUUUGGGAGGUUUGGAGGCGCUGGUGGAGGGAGAGCAAAGAGGGGCCAAUAG